UAGGUCCUCUACGCUUAGACGGGGAGGAGCAGUGAUAACCACCUUGGGGCCAUGCGGAUGGACCACAGCUGAUGGGAGCACUGCAGCCUGUGAAGUGCUUUGAGUGAUGGAUGGAAGUUAAGUCCAGCUUCCUGGUUGGUCAUGGAGAUUUCUCAGACGGACUUUCUAGCACAGCAGUGGUGCCAUCAGUGAAAGUUGAUCCACUUGUGUGUUGUGUUAUCUUAUACUUCAAAAGUCUCUUGAGAUGGAGCCCAUUGAUGUAGUUCCGAGUUUAUGGCAGUGGUUCACAGUUCUAGCCACUGGCACUAUGGGGAUUGCUCAGCUGAUGCCAGUGACUCUAAAAAGGCUUAAUAGGGACAACUUGGUUUCUGCAAACAACUGAAAAAGCUGCCGUUGGAAACUGUUUCUUUGGCCAUCAUGGAGUGGCUGGAACGUGGACAGUGAGGCCCUCGACGGGACACGCCUCCUCUCACCCCCGAUCACGGUCACCACCAUGGCCAGCAAGCGGAAAUCCACCACCCCGUGCAUGAUCCCCGUGAAGACCAUUGUCCUGCAGGGUGCUGGUGUGGAGGCCCUGCCUGCUGAGGCCCUGCCUGAAGGACUCCAGCAGGAUCCGUCCCCAGAAGCACCUGCCCCUAGUAGCGAGGUGGCCCCCAGCUCUGGCAGUGCUGACGGCACCACACUGGCCAACGGGCACCGGAGUACUUUGGAUGGCUACUCAUACUCCUGUAAAUACUGUGAUUUCAAAUCCCAGGACAUAAUUCAGUUUGUGGGACACAUAAGCGCAGAGCACACAGACUUCAAUAAGGACCCAACUUUUGUUUGCAGUGAAUGCAGUUUUCUGGCAAAAACUCCUGAGGGGCUUUCUCUGCACAAUGCCAAAUGCCACUCGGGGGAAGCCAGCUUUGUGUGGAAUGUGGCCAAGCCAGACAAUCAUGUAGUCGUGGAGCAGAGUGUCCCUGAGAGCACCAGCACUCCUGACCUAUUGGGCGAGCCCAGCACCGAAGGGACAGAUGGACAGGCCGAAAUCAUCAUUACCAAAACUCCAAUCAUGAAGAUAAUGAAAGGCAAAGCUGAAGCCAAAAAAAUCCAUACACUCAAGGAGAACAUCCCCAGUCAGCCCACUGGUGAGGCCUUACCAAACCCAUCAGCUGGCGAAUCAGAGGCGAGGGUGGGGGACCACUCCUCUGUCAACGGGGCCGUCCCAGCCAGCCAGGCAUCCACCAGCUCCGCCAAAGCCCCGCAUGCGGCCAACGGGCCGCUGAUGGGAACCGUGCCAGUUCUGCCGGCUGGCAUUGCACAGUUCCUCCCCCUCCAGCAGCCGCCCCCACUGCACGCCCAACACCAUGCCCACCAGCCACUGCCCACAUCCAAGUCCCUCCCCAGAGUGAUGAUCCCCCUGAGCAGCAUCCCCACCUACAGUGCAGCCAUGGACUCCAACAGCUUUCUGAAGAGCUCCUUCCACAAGUUCCCCUACCCAACCAAGGCCGAGCUCUGCUAUCUGACCGUGGUCACCAAGUACCCAGAAGAACAGCUCAAGAUCUGGUUCACAGCCCAAAGGCUGAAGCAGGGUAUCAGCUGGUCCCCUGAGGAGAUCGAGGAUGCCCGGAAGAAGAUGUUCAAUACAGUCAUUCAGUCUGCACCCCAGCCCACAAUCACUGUUCUGAAUACCCCCCUGGUGGCCAGUGCUGGUAACGUCCAGCAUCUCAUCCAGGCUGCUCUACCAGGUCAUGUUGUGGGGCAGCCAGAAGGCACAGCAGGGGGACUCCUGGUCACUCAGCCACUGAUGGCCAAUGGGUUGCAGGCACCAAGCUCAUCUCUCCCCCUGGCUGUUACGUCCGUCCCCAAGCAGUCAAAUGUCACGCCCAUUAACACUGUGUGUUCAAAUACCACGUCAGCUGUGAAGGUGGUCAAUGCUGCCCAGUCGCUCCUUACCGCGUGCCCCAGCAUAACUUCCCAAGCCUUCCUCGAUGCCAGCAUCUACAAAAAUAAGAAAUCGCAUGAACAGCUGUCAGCCCUGAAAGGAAGCUUCUGCCGGAACCAGUUCCCAGGGCAGAGUGAAGUGGAGCAUCUAACCAAAGUGACCGGCCUCAGUACCAGAGAGGUGCGGAAAUGGUUCAGCGACCGGAGGUACCACUGCCGCAACCUGAAGGGCUCCAGGGCCAUGAUGCCUGGGGAGCAGAGCUCCAUCAUCCUUGACUCUGUACCAGAGAUGCCCUUCUCCCUGUCGUCUAAGGCCCCUGAGGUGCCCUGUGUCCCCACAGCGGCUCCCCUGGCCAUCCACCCUUCCGCCAGGCGACAGUCCUGGCACCAGACCCCUGACUUCACACCAACCAAAUACAAGGAGCGAGCCCCGGAGCAGCUCAGAGCCCUGGAGAGCAGUUUUGCACAAAACCCCCUCCCUCUCGAUGAGGAGCUGGACCGCUUGAGGACUGAAACCAAAAUGACCCGGAGAGAGAUUGACAGCUGGUUUGCAGAGAGACGGAAAAAGCUGAAUGCCGAGGGGACCAGGAAGGCCGAUGGGAGUGCCUCCCUUGAGGAGGAGGAGGCUGCUGGGGACGAGGGCAGGGAGGAGGAUUUGGCUGGUGACAAUGACUCCCUGGAAGUGGCCGGCAGCUGCGCCUCUGGGGUACGCAAAGUCAGCCCCAUCAAAAUCAACCUCAAGAAUCUAAGGGUCACUGAAGGCAAUGGCAAGAGUGAUCUUCCAGGGCUGGGCGCCUGUGAGCUGGAGGAUGAUGCUUUGAACAAGCUGGCCGAGCAGCCCCCAGGCCGAGCAAGCUACAAAAAGACGGCCCAGCAGCGGCACUUGCUGCGGCUGCUCUUUGUGCAGACGCAGUGGCCGAGCAACCAGGACUAUGACUCAAUCAGGGCCCAGACGGGCCUGCCGCGGCCCGAGGUGGUGCGCUGGUUUGGCGACAGCAGGUACGCCCUGAAGAAUGGCCAGCUCAAGUGGUACGAAGACUACAAGAGGGGUAACUUCCCCCCGGGGCUGCUGCUCAUACCCCCUGGCAACCGCGAGCUGCUGCAGGACUAUUUCAUGGCCCACAAGAUGCUGUAUGAGGAGGACCUGCAGGGCCUCUGCGACAAGACCGGGAUGAGCGCCCAGCAGGUCAAGCAGUGGUUUGCUGGGAAAAUGGGUGAGGAGACCCGCGCCGUGGCAGACACAGUCAGUGAGGACCCAGGCCCUGGCGACCCUGCGGCAGUUCACAGAGGGAUGGGUGACACCUAUUCAGAGAUGUCUGAAAACAGUGAGUCGUGGGAGCCCGGUGCCCCUGAGGCCAGCUCAGAGCCCUUAGACACACCGAGUCCCCUGUCUGGACUUCAGCUGGAAACAGACUGAAUUUGAACCGAUUUCUGUGAAGGACUGGCCAGUCUAAGAUCCCACCUGCCGCAUGGAAGGCCCAGCCCGACUCUGCAACCACACCCCGUUCCAUGGCCAGGUGCUGGGCGUGCCCGGGAGCUUCCAGAGGCCUCGCACACAGCCCAGAGCCCGCCCCUCCAGCGCGCAAGCACAGGCCAGAGUUUGCGCCAGUUCUUCCUUCCACUGUGUAGGACCUUCCCUUGCCUUCCGUUGGAUAAAGUAGUUCAGAUUUCAUAUUCAUAGACACGGAAUCAAGUUUUUAACAUAUAAAUCCGCCUAUACACUUUUAAUAAAACUUCAAAUUAUUAACCCUUUCAUUACAUAGAAGCCUUGGUUAGCAAACCAAAGCAUCGUGUUUCACAUCAUCUCUGGAAAUGCCCUGUGUCUGUUCCCUGGAGAGCGCUGGGGCCAUGUGCCCCUCACCUCCACGGCUGGACACUCAGAACCACAUCUGGACCCUCUGUAGCCCUUCGCAUUCCUCAAGGAAGGCAGAGUGUUUGAAGACAUCUCUGCUACGUUACAUGGUGACCAGCAAAGUUACAUGCCAGGCUUGCCUUGGCUUCUGGGAUAAUCAGUGCAGAACCCGCUCUUACCCACAGUUUAAGAAAUAGAUUGGUUGUGUGAUUAGUGUUUGAGGCUUACCAUUCUCUUAAGUUGUUACAGCAAUUCUGCUUUUUCACAGGAACUUGAAUCAUGGACCAUAAUUUUGCAGUUAUCAGAUCAACUAAAGAAACUUUUGUUGUUAAGGCUUAUGUACUGACCAAUGUGCUCACAUUUUUUAAAAAAGCUAGACAUGUUUAGAAUAAGAGGAAAAUUGAAAGAAGAAUUGGGUGGGGGGAAUGAAAGUGAAAGUGCUUAGCACGGCCUGUAGCUCCGCCCCAUGGUUUCGGAGCCUUGUCUCAGCACUCGCUUCAGUGCCACCUGUGUCUUGGGAAGGACGGCCGCACUUGUCUGGGAGUGCGAGUGAGGGCGUAUGGGACUCAGGACAUGAGGGCUCUCACCUGGGGUGGACCUGCCUGUGGGCGCUCCGGGCAGAACACCACCCAGGGUACUCCUGGCAUGCUGGACCUCACUGGAUAGGUCUUUGUGAGGAUGUCUUUCAGGUUCUAUAUUUAUAUCCCCAAACUUGGCAGCAAGAUCUCUGUCUACUUUAGCUUGACCUUCACAUCCAUUUUUUUUUUUUUUUGACUGAGAAGACCACAGGAAAAGGUGCCUUUGAAACAUUGGGAAGCUGGCUUACAAAGCUCUACUAACAGCGAAUCCCCAUUUCCUUGCGACUGACUCCUCUGAAAGCAGCCGGGUGCAGCGGGCCAGGCACAGGGGCCCCUGCAGUUCUGCUCACCUCCUAGAAACCACUGCUUCCCAAAGCACUGGUCCCUGGCUGGGUGAGCAGCACUGAAGGGCACCAGGGAGAGGGCAGGGGCGCACUGGUCCCUGGCUGGGUGAGCAGCACUGAAGGGCACCAGGGAGAGGGCAGGGGCGCACUGGUCCCUGGCUGGGUGAGCAGCACUGAAGGGCACCAGGGAGAGGGCAGGGGCUUUGGGCAAGAAAUACCGGGGGUGGGUUAGGCACUGUCCUCCCCCACCCCACCCAGGAGCUGAACAGGACAGGCACCUGGUGUUGUGGUUCUGAGGAUGAUGACGGUGGCGGCACCUUCUGCCUUCCAGGAGAGAGUUUGCUUGGAACCAAAAGCCCUGGACCCAUUCUUCUUUGAAAGAGUCUCCUGCUCUCCCUGUCCCAAUAGGAACCUCCUCUUGUCUCAAAUAGGUGACUUGUGAGUACCUGGCAAGUUUUGCCCCCUGUUGUUGUGUCCUUUCCAUUUUGGGUGUAAAGCAAUUUAGCCCCAAAGGCCUCUUUGCAGAAUUGCCAAGAAUGGCAAAUGUUACCAUCCUUCAGAGAACAGAUACCUGGAAUUUCCCCUUUCAUGUUUAUGUAUGUGCAGAUUAAUUUAUAUAUAAAUGUGUGUACAGUCCAAAUAUUCAUUUGAUACUUUACUCAUGGAAGGUACAUCUGACACGUACGCUCAAGGAACGUGGGGGCUCGUGGGUGUCGGGGAACAUAAUGUAGCCUGUGUUUCAGGGAAUGCUGGGACAUGGCGCAGAGUGAAGUCACCUCCAUGCUCCUGAGACGCCAUCCUGCCAGCACCACUCCCAGAGCCCUGUGUGCACUGGCCCAAGGUGGUGUCUUUAGAGGGGACUUUUUUUAUUGUUUUAUUUGUAUUCACAUUUCAUUUAGAGCCCAAACAGCAAAGCAGAAAAAAUUAUUACAUGGUGGAUGAGUUCAUGCAGACACAGAAGUGACCCAGCCAGCUUGUCUUUAGAAGGUGGGAGGGUGCUGUCACCUGGGCAUGUUGUCUUCACAGAUGCUGGCCCUGCCCUAAGCCAGGGUCACACUGCAGAUGGUGAGGCUGCCCAGGUAAGGAGCUCACUUGACAGACCCACUCCUUCCUGUGCUCUUGGACCCACAUGAAUAGUGAGGUCAGGGACUUGAGCUUGAAUCAGAUGAAUCAAAGGUGAUGGUGAGAGACACAGUUGCAUCAUCAUGCAGGUGCCCAGAGCUUUGGGUGCAGAACUGUGAACACAGCCGACUGGGUGCCUGAUGCCCACACCAGCCUGGCAACAUGCGGAGGACACAAAUGGCAGGAGGUGGUCUGGGGCUGUAGGUGGUGGGCUGGGGUUAGUCACUCCUGAAGAAAAAGCCUCUUUUAUAAGGUGGCUAAUCCUUUGCCUCUUCUCUGUGUGCACUUGGACUUGUCAGAGGGAGUGGAACAUUGCAGUGUUUUUGUUGCCUAUGUCUGUACAUGUUUGAUUUAUUAUAUUUUUUACAUGGGUUGUAGAUCCAGUUUUAACAGGUGAAACCAUACAACCACCUGAUAAAGGCAAUCUGGGUUUAUGAUACAUGUAUUUUGCAUACUUUGAUUACUUACAUUAUUCUUGACUAUUAAGGAGCUUUUUGGUUUUGGAGGAAGGCUCUCAUGUUUGAGAACCUCAGGUUCCUGAAAUAGGAUUCCCUGGAUGGAUGACUGGCCGGCACUCAGGGGUUUGGUGGCAGUGUGACCCAGAGCUCCUUUUGUGGCUGAGUGACCGACCGGCAGCUGUUGAGGUGGACCAAAGUGCCUCCACCCGAGGCCCCGGCGCUCUGCUCUCUGGCAGUGGGAGCUGAGUGGAGUGCUGGCUGGGACCCUGUAGCUGGGGUCUGAUGGCCGUGGGAUGCUGUCCCACUAGGAAGUUUCAGCAUGUUCUCCAGGCUGCGAUGUGGCUCUCAUGGGUUUGACCCAGUGACAGGUCCUGGGUCACCUCCCUCUCCCCUCGGGCUCUGGGACAUCAGUGCCAGGCUGCCUUCCGUGGACGGCAGGUCCCCACCUUUCUGGCUGCGGGCUCGUGUUUCUCUGCACACUCUCCCCCGUGGCUCCCUGCUCAUGCUGCCCUGUCUUGGGCCUUAGAGCCUCUUGUCUUCCUGUUCUCUUCUCAGACCAAAAUCCUUGGAUUGGAGCAGCUUUGUCAGUUCAAAUAUCACAGGCCAAGUAAUGGGCUCAAGUGACAGCCCACUUUGCAGGAGAGGAGAGCCAGCCAAGGAAAUCUUAAAUAAAACCAGACCUGGAGUUUGGGCUUUCCCUAAAGUCCCCCCCUAACUCAAUUUUCUUGCUCAGAUUUUACUUGGGGCAGGUUUUGGGUUUGACCCACCUUUUGUAUUAAGUUUAAAUUUUCAUGCAUCCCAUUGAUUUGCAAGGCUCACCUGUGUGCUGGAGAAGAAAAAUCCUCCAGACACGUAAAAGUGCACAUGGCCAGCUCAUCUAGGCCAAAACCAGCAGCUUGCUGGGGCUGGAUACAGAAUAACAGGGCUCAGUUCCCCUCACUCCAACCCAGACCCCCCUUUUCAGGGUCUCCUGAAUCAGCGUCCCUCCCAGCCUUUCCUCCCAGACUGAGAGGGACCGGGUCCAUGUGGCUGGGGCACAGCUGCCUUCAGAACAAUUCCAACACCUAGAAUGCGGGGAGUGAGGGGCCUGAGCCUUCUCCAGAACAGUCCCUCCCCAAGCUUCAGUUUGAGGUCCCAGCCGUGCUGAUUUCCUGGGCCCAUUUUCAAUGGCUGAGCUGUGCCACACGGGGCUGGGAGGCUGUACAUGACCUCUCACAGAGGGAGGGGUUUUGAUUUCCACCAAGUGGCAGGGUGGACGCAAUGAUCGUGGAUGCUCCUGGCUUGCUACCCAGACCAGCAGGGAUUCCAGACAGAGCCCACAGGCCUUGGUUUGGAUCUAGUGUUCCGAGCGCUGGGCCACACUAGGGAGGGGCGAGGAGGCUGGCCCCAGUUCUCUCUGGGCUGACCCAGGAUCUGCAUGUGGCUCUGCCGUGAAAGGAGCACAGGCAGGAAUUUAGCUGUAGAGGAUCGAGAGCCGUUUUUUGGUUCUUUUAGUCCUGUGCUCACUUGUCAAGACUGGCUGUCCUAUCUGCGUGCAGUUCUGGCCUCUCCUUUGAAUGGGGUCCCAGACUGGAGACAUGGUGGCCUGGACCCAGCAGGCAUCAGCCAUUCUCUGUCCCAAGGUCUGGGAUGGUCUAGGUGGGCCUGGUCACAUACGGACAAGGACAGGGGGAAGCCCCUGGGCCUGGAUUCCUAAUGAUCUCAUCUUGUGACUUUGCAGGACUGCAGGGCUUCACAAAGAAUGUGUGGUUACUGCUGUGUGUCGCCAGCAGCCCUCAGAACCUGGCUUGUCCUCUGCUUAGGCCUGAGGCUGAGGGUGAGCACAGCGAGCAGGCCAUUCUGGUGGGGCCUGAGGUUGUCUUCCGGCUAUUGAGUGUCUUUCCUGCUGUCCACCUGGGGCACGUGGCAAGCCAGGGGACCUGAGAGGAGUCUGAGGCUUUACCUGCCUCUAGUCCCUCUUCCUUCAGGAGACUGGCUCUGCCGCGUGCAUGUGCGCACAGGAGCACUUGAGUGGGCUAUUGAAUAGCUUUUGUUGGCUAAUGCUUUAUAACUUGUUCCUUUCCAUGAUAAGUUGAUGGUUUGAAAGUACUCAACUGUAGCUAGAGUUGAAGGUGAACUGCUGGGAUGAAGUCUGUUCAGAGUUGCUGAAUAUAGAAAGCUCCAAGAGUCAGACCCAGAGCAAACACCCUGUGAGAGGCUGAGAAUCCCCUCGCGGCUCCUGGUGGUCUGUGAUUUGUGUGCAGAGAGCAAGAUUGUCACCCCUGGGUCCUGACCAUACAUACAGCUGUCUCAUUCUUGCAGUUUGCUUGAAAUGGGAGAGCCCGAGGGUGACAGGAGUGGGACAACUAGCGCCUGCCCCUCAGCAGGGAUCCAGCAUGGGAACUGGGGGCCGCCCAGUGAGACCAGCAGCCACUUUGCUCAGUGGGCCAGACUGUGCCAUAAUUAUUGCAUGGAGAGAACAUGCCAACCUUCCCCACUCCCCUGCCAGCCAUUGUUCGCUGUAAGUUUUCUGAGCAGUCUUUGUGGGGGUUGGGAAGGUCGCCAAGGGCUGGCAGGUUCCUUCCUGCAGGUCCCGAUUCCUGGUUUCCUACCGCACGCUCCAUUCUGGUCUGCAGCCCAAGCCCUUUGUUCCCCAGCAGCUGUCCAGCAGUUUGCUUUCGGUGCUUUUCCUGCCUCUCAUGGCUGAGCAAGUGAUCAUCUUGGUGCUAAGGUAGUUGCCCUGUUCGUUUGUCCAGAGGCAAAUUGUAACUUCACAAAACUGUGAGAGAGCGUCCCCCUCUGUGAUGGUGGCUGAGUGUGAGAGACCAAGCCGGGAGGGAGGCAUUCUCUUCAGUUAGGCCUGGGUGGAAUGGGAGUUCUUCACCCCAGGUAAAGGGGGGUAACCCAGAUAGUGUUUUCGACAGAAAGAUGGGAACUUGCCUUUGGGCUGUGGCUCUGCCAGAGUGGAAGGAGCCGGCUGCCCUUGGUGGGCUGGGCCUCCAGGCCUCACAAGGUCCCCUGUGGGGAUGCUGCUAUUUCUAAGAUGCAAAUUGCACAUUUCCUAGACUUUAUAUCUGUGGAUUUGGAUAUGGGAGGGGAACGACAAACUGCUUAUACAAUUUGAAAUGGGCCGAAAUGGUACUCCACAUUGUUUUGCUUGUUCCUAAAUAAAAACGUAAAUAUGUAUCAUAUCA